AUGUCUUCUGCCUAUAAAAGAAAAGAAUCCGUCACGUCGGAGCUACGAAAAAUAAUAUCCACGACAUAUUCGAACCACCUGUAUCAAGUGUUAUUUCGAGCCGUGAACAUCCCCAUAGACGUAUGUGAAAGUUUGAUUUAUCGUUUCUUGGUAAUUAGGCAAUCGCUAAGAACUUCACUGACAAUAGCAAUUGCAAAGUCUGCUAAACGAAAUCAACAAAAGAAGUUAACUCGAUACGCCUAUAAGGUUCUGGCGAAUCAGGGAAAAGAAGCGACUAUUAUCCCCAGUAACGAUAAAGACAUCCAAAAUAAUGAAGCACCUACUGUUAAUCCUAAUAUUCAUGAUAAUACAGAUAAUCAGAAAAAACAUGAAAAAGCAGAGAUAUUCUACAAUCCAGAAAAGCACAAAACACAAAUAGAGACACGGAAAUCUACGAAAAAAGAUACUGUUAAUUAUAUCCGAACACAGUGGGUUUCUGAGAAUUUUGUCGCUGAGGAUCUUAAAUCAACCAAUUUAUCCCAGCCUUCCACAGUAGUCAGUCCGAAGUCUACAUUCAUCGAAAAAUUCUUAGAAAAAAGACGCGAAAAGCGAAUUGCAAAUCAAAUUCCUAUUGAUGGCAUCUCUUCGAUACCAGAAAAAUAUAUGAAGUUAUUGGAGGUAGAGAUAUUUCGCGAACCCAAUGUCUUAGAAUCAAUACCUCAAGAUUUAUGGAAUGAGUUUGGACAAUGGGCAUGUUUUAAUAAGGUUCCUUAUUUUAGAAAAAAAUUCCGGUAUCAUUCUCGACGUCUGUGGUCUAAAAUAAGACAUGCGUACGAUCAACAUACGAAGAAUCAGAAGCUCUUAGAAGAUCACGAAAUUCCAGAAAUGUUCCAGCGAGACCCUUUAUCUGCGAGAGUUGCGCAAUCUGCGGUGGAUGAUUAUUAUGAGCACACUCGCAAACAUGUCAGUCAUCAGAGUAACCAGUUUAUCAAUAACCUGGCAGAACAAUUCGGUUGUUUGACGGAUAGCAAUAUAGAGCCUUACGUUACGGCAAGCACGGCAUCCAACCAUUCCCAGGACCAUCAGAGUUGCGUGAAUAAAUUGAUGCGAGAACUUCAACCAUUAUCAGACGCAGUUAACGAUUAUCUUGGUGUUUCUUAUCCAGCGUUGUAUGCUAAGAUGAAAAAACUUAAUCUAGGUUCCAAUGUUCCUAAAUGUUUUGGUGCCUUCCCAACAGUCGGUAUUAACUUUAACUCUAUUUGCCAGUUCCAUCGGGAUCUGAAAGAUCAUAGUAAUACGCUUUGUGUUGUUUGUCCUCUGGGUGUGUUCGAAGGUGGACAACUGGCAUUUCCCGAGUUAAAAUUUGCGAUUAAUGCUAAACAAGGGCAGGCGAUAGCUUUCCGAUCACAUCUUUUAAUUCAUGGGAACCUUCCAAUAACGGCUGGGUCAAGGCAUAGCGUUGUCUUCUAUAUACACGAUAUCGUUAUAAAGCAAAAACGAAAAUUUGCUUCUCUUUUUGAUGAUGGGGAUUUAGAUGCGCUGGAGAUUCUAGAUAACACUUGUUCAAUCGACGAUGACGUUAUAAAACAUGACAAGAAACUGCAGAAAUGCUCCCCUCCUAAAUUAGCUCCCCGGAAUUCCUCAAGAUUAAAAAAUCAUCGGCGGAGUCAUCUUGAUUUGGAACCCGCAAGAAGAGGCUUACCGGCGCAGUAUAGGAAAUAA